GCUUGACUAUUUUUCUGCUGAAUAACGUAACGUUUCGGAGCUUAAUAAAUACCUGAAGGUAAUAUUCACCGCGCGGUCCGCUUGUCCUGCUGCAGGUUCUUCCUCUAAUCCGCUUCUAGUACACAACGAUCGAAACCGUUCGAUCGAGUGGUAACAAAUUGCAAAAAAAGAAACAAAGUUUUUAAGAAAAAAUUCCUAAAAACAACAAGUUUUCGACGAGAACGGAAAAUUUGUUAGCGUCGUGCCGACUUCGAAAAGUUUUGUGUGUGUUCUGGCAGCAGUACCGAUUGUCAAAAGCGAGCAUACCAAUCAAGGACUACUUUGAUUUCCAAAAAAAAAAAGGCAAUCAAAACAUCAGUUAACGGCAGUCACUCUUACAGGAGCUGCCAACUUGCAUAUUACGCUUGUGCGUUUCGUUCUUUUCCACGCUUGUGACCCCGUAGCCCACGCCCACAUUUGUGGCGUGUGCAAUCAGAAGCCGCCAAGACGACUUACUCGAUAAUGAAGAUGAGCUCGCCCAGGAUUGUGCAGCAGAAACGGACCAGCAAGUCCUCCAAUUCGUCGCGGGUAUCGAUGACCACCUCGACGGCGGAGGAGAAUCUGUUGGAGUCGAAGCUCUUUAGCUGGAUGCGGCUCUUCCGCUUCGCUUCCCUACUUUGUCGCGCCGAAUAAUGGAGAUAGUUUUUAAGAUCCGCACCCGAAAGAUCCUUCCCAAAAAAAAUGUUAGAAGCAACGCAUAUAACAGAUACUCGAACUAGUUGCCGCUUUUCAGUCAAGUUUUCCUAUAUAUAAAUAAAAAAAAAAACACCAACAGAAGAAACACCAACAAACAAUUGUCACCUUAUCUUUUCCAGCAAUGUAGCGUUUAAGUAUUAAACAAUGAUUAAACAUAAAAUAUCCAACCACAUGAAAUACAAUGUUAAGUUUAAGCUGAAAAACACAAGAAACAUCAUGGUUUAGUUUAAGCUUCUUCGUUUGAGAAAUUGAGAAAUGAUUAAUUCAGUUAACUCUUCACAAUUAAGUCAAUUUUUAGUGUAAAUUCCGUGUGUGGGGUUCAUGGAUUCCCCCAGCGGAGUUUCUCGCGCCUUUCGUACCUUUUGUAUUGUAAUAAGUGAAAAAAAAAUGAGAAAUAUGAGAAAAAUGUAUUAAAAAUUGCAAAAUACAAGCAAAUAAAUAUUAUAUCAUAAUACAGUACAGUUUUUUGCGUUUAUUCGGGUUUAUUAUUAGAGCUUAAGUUUUGAGGAACAGCCAACAAAACACAUAGUAUAUUUUUGUAAUUUAACAACACUGUUUUUGCGUGUCACAAACAAAACAAGAGAAACGUUUAUGCAAGGCUAUUAAAUAGAUAAAUAUAUUAACUAAAAGAUGCAAGCAAAUGCAAUACUAACAAUAAUAAUACCAUGUAUACAUGUAGAGGAAUAUAUUUACACAUCCAACUCGAAUCGGAGUCUAUGCAAAUGCGCUUAACCAACACUGAAACACACUGGGAUGCCAAACACACAUCCAUUCACAAUAGUUAUUCAAGCCCAGCAAUAUGAAAAGUGCAUUUAUCCCAAAGAAGUUGCCAAUCGACUAUAAUUGCUGUUAAAACAAUGAAACACACAAAAACCAACAGAAAGCAAUAGUUGAAAUGUCUCUUAAAUUCUGUACCAAAAACUUGGAAAAUUUCAUAACCUAUAAUGGACAAUUACAACAUAACAAAAACAACUAAACCAAGACAAAGAUUUAUCAGAAAUUUUCAUAAUUCAAUUUUAAUUAUUAAUUAGUUAGUAAGCCAGAAUGCAAUCCUGCAUCAUGAACAUAACGGUAAUAACAGUAAUGCCAAACCAAUGAGAAAUGUCUACUAGAACCUAGCAAUACAACUACAGCAGAAAAAAAUGUUGAGAAAAAUGCAAUAAAUCGAUAUCGAUCAAUAAAUAAAGUCUUUAAGCUGUUGAGUGUUCAAUACAAAUAAAA